AUGACAAAACUUAACGGUAACUUCUGGAUUGGAGCCGCAACGUUAAUAACUUUUGCUGGAAUAGGUAAGUCUGCUUUAAUAUGCUUUCUAUCGUACUGAACUCACGUUUUCUACUAUGUAUAAUAUUUUACUGAACUCACUUUUACACUGCCUGUAAUAUAAAUCCUUAUAUUAUUAAAUUUUAACCUAAUGCACUCACGAAUUUAAAAAAUAAUUUCAAAAAAUAAUUUUUUAUCUUUCUUGGCAUUCUGUCACUUCAUUUUUCCAAAGUUUUGCGGUUCUGUCGCUAAUCAAGCGCUUAUUGAUAACAUUCCAAAGCCAAAAGGUAAAGUACGAGUUCAGUAUUGUACAGUCUUCUAAGUGCCCUCGGAAUUGGUCCUUUAGGAGCCGAACGACUACAGUCACCUGAUCUAUGUAGCAACUUUUCUGGAUACGCCGGAUGCUCUUCGGUCGAUCCAAAAUAUAUUGUCACUAAAAACGUCAUCGAAGGUGCGGAGGAGGUAAGACGCUCAGCUAUAUUUUAUACAUUUUAUUUUUAAAAAUUUUAAAAUACGAUCUUUUAUACUGUCUAAAUACAAAGUUAGUUUAUUAUAGUAAAUUGAUGUUCGUUUUUCAUUACAGGGCCCACUACUACACUUAAAAGAAAUCAUAGACCUCUGCAAGAACACCAAACGCCCAAGCCGUAAAGACUUCCACCAGCCCUACAUAGAAGAAUACAAUUUCAUAGUAAAGUCCUACCUAAAACAACAAAAGUUUCCUGAGGCUUUCGCGGUAACCGCAGCCUUCUUGACGUUGAACUUCAACUUCAACUUUUUCAUUCAACAUUCAUCUGACUUCAGAAAACGAUCCAUUUGGCGUGAAGUCUUAAUUGCUGAACGAAAUUACACUGCCAUUUUUGAUAAUGCCAACGAAGUCAAAAAGACCGUACGAGGCCUUCAGAUGAGUGAUGGUUUGGUGGAACAAGUCCUGAAGUUUGAGCAUCAUUUGUGCAAAGAUAAGGAAGAACAUUGGGAUUUGAUUAGGUAAUUAACGUAUCUUAAGUAAUGUAAACUCUGACGCCUACCCUCUGGUUCCUAGCCUAUGUUCAAACAACACCUUUUCCUAUAAAAACUUCAUUCACAUGUUUUUCUUUAGUUUUGCCGACAACCACUACUUCAACGCAUACCUAGAAUACGCAGCCAACAACAACAUAUUCGACUCGUCAUUACUCAACGAAACUUUUGUAUAUUACGCACCCAGAGAUCAUCCAGAAGUAUUUGCCAAAACGUCUCCAGAAGUCAUCCAAGCCUAUUUGAAAGCAGUUGUGUACAAGAUCAUUGGCCAAAAGUACGAAGAAUUGGUUGGAUUCGAUUGUAAUGAAGCUGUUCAACAUAGCUGGCCUAGAACUGUGUCAAAGCUACUUGAACAAGAGCUACUACCGGUUGAUGAAGCUCGCGAAAACUUGGACGAAAGAAUCGAAAAUGUGUUUUAUGAUCUCAAGUUCUCGGUGGUGGUAAGUUGCACUUUAUAAAACAUCAAUAAGUUAUUUUUAAUUCUAACUUCAGGAACUUCUCCACGAACUCGACCUGAAAGAUCCAGAGCUCAAUCAGAAGUUGUUAUCAGUGAUCCCAGACCUUUGUAUCGAGUUCAAAACUCCAAAAACUUUGGAUAAACUCUCAGAGGUGGUAGAGACAUUAAAUGCCCAAAAACCUGACAAUAAAUGGGGCGUGGUAAAAGCUUUGGCCGCUUACAAAAUCAACGCCGAUCUUUCUGGAACCGAGAAGAAGGUAGGGAUGGCUAAAAACUAGAAUUUGACGAAAAUAGGAUUCUUCUUACAUCAAAAAUUCAAAUUUUAUUUUUUACUCGGUUUACUGACCUAAACUAUUCGUUUUGCCUCACUUUUUCCAAAAAAAAUUUUAAAAAUCUACAUGUUGUUACCUAAAAUUUCAAUGUUUCAGCUAUCGUGUUAUCCUCUUCGGUUGAGUGCCAACAUUUUAACUCACUUCAAAUGGACUGACGAUCUUGACGAUCCAACUUUCUAUGCCACUGUUGGCUAUGAAAUCGCAAAGUUGUUGUGGAAUUGCAUUGGAAAAGCUUCGAAACGGUCGGAUUUUGAUAAAUAUGCGGAGAAACAAGCUGAAUGCAUCCAAAAAGAAUAUAUUACCGACAAGUUCUUGGCUACUGAAAGGUCUUACGAAUAUCUGGGUAAGUAACAUAACUUAUUUUGUUUUGUUAUUCUUAAAUUUGGGAAAAAAUUAAAAUUUCCAUUCCAAACUGUUUCUAUCUCAAUUUUCCAAUUGUAAAUUAAUUUUUUAAUUUCCGUUAAUGUAUUUUACAAAAAAUAAAGCUAUGUUAAUAUGGUUUCUUGCAUCUGAAAAAGAGAAUAAAAACAAAAUUUCGUCGAAGCAGCGUUACCUUUUCGCUCUUUUCUUUUACAAACGGAAAAGAAGACAGAGAGCGCCCGUGCAGCGAUGUCCGAGUGGUUAAGGAGAUGGACUUGAAAUCCAUUGGGCUUUGCCCGCGCAGGUUCGAACCCUGCUCGCUGCGACCUCUUUUUGCUUUAUUUUUCGCUAAAAUUUGCAAAAAAGUAGGAUCUUAAAAUAGUUUAGUAGUUUUUUUGCUAUACUAAGCUUUGUUUUUACGACUUCAAUAUUACUUUAAGCCUCCUUUUAUACAUGUUUUUGUAUUUUUUAGCGCUUAUAACUUCAUUUUCUGCCUUCCAACAUCGCCAAACUUACAGUCAUAAGCCGACAAUCUUCUCUUCUGAAGCCAAGAAGUUCUUUUUGUCAUUCCAAAAAGAAAGGAAAUGCUCGGAAAGAGGAACGCCAAUUCACGUUCGGGAGUUUUAUGGAUUUAUAAAUCAGUUCGAGUGCUCGUCGAAGCCACAUUGCAGUAUGUGGCAAUUGGCUAAGUUUGAAGGUAAAAAAUUUCAAAAGUAUACAGUAAAACGACAUUUUAUCUCUACUUCCGUACAUAAUAACGCCAAAUUUUAGUGUUUGUGGAGCCAGAACACUGGUCGAUAAAGCUGAACCCGCCUCUAAUCGACCAAAAUGAGAAUGCCAUACCUACCGGUAACUACAUAGAAGAACGUUUGGAUGUAACAAACAGACCAUGCCUCGAUUUCUUCAAGUACACUAGUGCCGGGAUGCCUUUGAGUUUGUUCAACCGUAACCUAGCUACAGUACACGAAAAUGCGAUCGACUAUAUAAAGAAUAUGGAAGACGAGACAAAACAGAAGUUGAUAGAGAAGGUGACAGUUUAUACUGACUUAAUCUUUGACAGUUUCAUGGAGCACCUCUUUUCGAUGAAUACAGAAGAAUCUUUGAAGCAGAGGAAUCUGAAGAAACUCGAAGAAUUCAGAAGGCUGAUUGAUUGGAAGAAGGUAGUAGAUUACGUUGUGAAACAUGGAGUAAAGGGAAGAAAAGUGGACAAUACUAAGGUGACAUUUACACACAAAAAGCCGUCUAUGGAUCUGAUUGAAGCCUUAUUGAUUGGGAUUAAUUUGGAACAAGAAAAUUCUCCGCCAGCGCUUUGGUUCGGUCGAUUUGGCAAUAAAAUUGGAAAAGAAAUUGGCAGGGCUUUUGGUGGGUGACAUAAAACACUCUUUUCUAUUAUACUACAAUAUACUUUCUAAAAUUUGACUUUUUGGUUUUUAAUUGACAAUCUUUGUAUUUGUCUCAACCUUUAUAUCAUAUUAUAGUUGAUACGUUUGAGGUAAUACUCCACUGUUUUUAAUAAAGUAACCAAAAACAUUAUUUCAGACCUAUUUGGAAGCCAUAUCUUUGACCUGAAGAAGGACUACAAUAUCUCUGAAUUGUCAUCAAACGAACUUUCGGAAAACAUUACUGAAAGUGCCAAAUGUCUUAACACUCUGUAUAAAUUGGGUGUAGAUACUCUACAAUGCAACAACAACGAAAAAUGUCUUCAGAAUUUGUGGAAAAUCAAUGAAAUCAUCACUGAUAUUCAAGGUAAGGUCAUUUUUAUUUAGAUUUAGUUUCAUUUUGGUGUGGUGCUGCCUUCUCUUACUCUUCCCUAGAAUAAUGUACAUACCCUGCUCUACUUCCCCUUACUUUACCUAAAAUUCUUCCAUACCUUAUCCUAACCUGCUUUUCCUUACCCUUCCAGGCCUAGCUGACUUAACUCUACCCUACUCUGCCCCACCCUAACAAACUUUACAUUACACUGUAAUUCUAGCCAUUCAAUCCUCCUACCGUGCCCAUCGUAUCUACAUAAUGCGUUACGGCCCCGGUAAACGGCCUCCAGGCGAAUUGGUUAGUAAAAUGACAACAGAACAACUCUUUUUCGUUACGACCGGUCAAUUCCUAAGCUCCCAGAAUCAGAAUCCAAGAGGAUUGUUCCACGCCGAGCCCAAGAUACGAACUGAUGUUAGAGUAAAGGCAGCUCUGUCCAACUUUCCACUGUUUGCCAUGGCUUUCAACUGUCCGAUUGGUACGGAAUACCGGUCGGAGAAGCAUUUGGAGUGUAAUGUGUUUUCUAGUGCUAUUGAGGCCAAGAAUCGGUAUCCGUUUGAUGCUUUGGACUUUUAG